AUGGCCUCAGACAGAAUGGCGACUCCUCUGAGCAGCCCCAGGCAGAGCAGCUCCCUCUCUUCAUCUCCACUGAGCACCCGUAUGCAGUCUCUCCAGGUUGACUCAGUCCAGCGCUGGAUGGAGGACCUCCGCCACAUGACAGAGGUGGAGUGUAUGUGCGUUCUUCAGGCCAAGCCCAUCGGUGUGGAAGAGGAUGCCCAGCAGGGAGAGCUGAUUGUGGCGUCAGCAGUGGGUGGAGGGGACCACGUGGCCCGCAACAAUCUUCAGACGCUCCUUCGCCGAGCGCUGGUGGUCAGCACGGAGCUUGGCAAGAUGUUCCAACGACUGGAGAAGGGACGCUGGCAGAGGGUCCACAGCACAGCUGUACGUGCAAACUGCCACGUGCGCUCCCUGGUUCAUGAGUACGGUGCUGCCCGAAACACUCCACUGGAGAUGCAGAAAUAUGAGAAAUCUCUACUGGAAAAGUGCAUGGAGCUGACCAACAUUACAGAGAGGUGCCUUCAUACUGAUGAUGAGUUCUUCCUCAAGUCCAUGAGGGAAGCCAUCCAUGAGAUCCUCACUGAUGUCAGUGAUUCAUUCAGCAACAUGAUUGACAUGGCCUUGGCCAAUGAGAUCCAGGUCCUGAUCAAACAGAUUGAGUCUUCGGAUAGUGUUUUCACCAUCGGCAGCGCCAUUAGUAACCUGCUGUCCCUCACCCAGGACGGCCCCCAGCUUUGUAGCAUCAUUGCCAAGGAAGGAGCAGUGGUGGCCCUGUUUAAGAUCUGCAGGCAGGACUGCUUUAGCGACCUCUAUGCUCACGCCCUGAGAACAGUGGCCUCCAUCUGCUGUGUGGAGGAGGGCAUAAACCAGCUGGACAAGGUGGAUGGGAUCCUGUGCCUGGCGGACAUCUUGACAGAUGAAAACAGCGCGGAGGCAGCCAGGGCCGAGGCUGCAGCUGUGGUGGCUCAGAUCACUUCUCCUCACCACACCUCCACACAGCACCUGGCCAGCUUCCUGGAGAGCAUGCACGACAUCGUCACUGCACUCAUCAAGUUGUGCGAGACCGCCUCCUGUGGUGAAGUAUUCCUCCUGGCUUCUGCUGCUUUAGCCAACAUCACCUUCUUUGACAGCAUGGCCUGUGAGAUUCUCCUGCAGCUGAAUGCCAUCCACAUCCUGCUGGAGGCCUGCAAAGACCGCCAGAGAGUUGACACCCCCUACUCCAAAGACCAGGUGGUGACAAUCUUGGCAAACCUCUCCGUCCUGGAGCAAAGUGCUCCUGAAGUCCUGCAAGAAAAAGGGAUAGAGAGACUUCUGCUGCUGUUGGGAGAGAAGCCAUCCUCCUCCAGUCCAUCGGAGGGCGCUGCCUGUGAGCGGGUCCAACAGAAAGCUGCUGUCACACUGGCCCGUCUGAGCAGGAACCCUGAGGUGGCUCAAACAGCCAUCCAGCUAAAAGCUGUUCCUCGCCUUAUUGAACUGUGUAGGUCCCCUGCUGAGCGAAAUAACAGCGAUUCAGUACUGGUGGCUUGCCUGGCUGCCUUGAGGAGGCUGGCAGCAGGGUGUCCAGACAGCAUCGAGGCGGCCGACCACCAGCAGCUGAUCAAACCGCGGCUGGUCGACUCUUUCCUGCUGUGUUCCAACAUGGAAGAGAGCUUCGUAUGAAGACCUGCACAACACACACUGUUCACAGCACAGCUCAGCUCCUGUCCAAUGAGUCCAGUUUUACAGUGCAAAAACAACUAUUGAGUGGCUCUGCUCCUCACCACCGUACUUAAGUAGAUUUUUUUUUUUUUUUUUUUUUUUUUUUUAAUUUUGUGUUGUUGUUUCUUUACAUUUAUGGCUGAAUACAUAAAGCUGCACAAGGAAAUUUGCACCAAUAGGCAGCACCAGCUGGCAGCAUGAAGCAAGUUAAAGGGCCAUUCCUGUGAUUUUGAAUCUUUAGCACUUUUACUCCAGUUUACCCACAUUUUACAUUGCAACAAAACAUUUUGCAAAUGAUGCGGGGGUACUAAAGAUAUCACCACAUGUAAUCAGAAUCCUUUGAUUUUAAAAUCUGAAUUUUUGGUUGAAACUCCCACCUUAUAUUGUUCUGUGGUUUAUGAAGUCCUUGCCCUUCAUAAACCACAGAACUGAAUUGGCCGUGUGAAGCAAACA